AUGAGUAUUCCAAAACCGCAUAUCUGUAUUUCAUUCCGUAAAUCAAAUAAUCCAAGGCUCAAUGACAGUAUCAGGGCUAUGCGAAAUAGGGGGUUGUUAAAUACAUCGAGAAGACUACUUCAGAAGUCAAUCAAUCAAUCUUUCAGUUCAGUAACAUCUCUUCGUGCUAAUAAUGCUUCAUUAGCGAAAAAGUUAGCUAAAUUAGAAGUGGAAUUAAAUGAUCAAAAGAUGGCUACAGAACAGGCAAAAUUAGAAUUAUUUGAUUGUCGUAUGAAAGUCAUCCAAUCACAGGCGUUUAAAGAAGUCCGAGAUCAAAUAAAGGCUCUUAUUUUAAAUUUACACGAAUUAUUAUGUUCACAAAUGGAAACGGGAAUGUCUAUGAUGAAUUAUGUGAAAGAUUCAUUAUCAUUAUUGGAAAAAAAUGAUUCAUUAAAUUUAUCAUCAAAUCCUCAUUUAUCAAGUCGAUUGGAUGAAACAAUCCAUCCGAAUAUUAUAAUGGAAUCUAUCAGAGAAAAAGAUGUACAACAAUCACAUACUCCUGUGAAUAAAUCUCCUGUCCCCAAUCCAGAGAUUGUUGAUCAACGUGUCUCCCCUGAUCCUGUCAGUAGUAGCUGCUGCAUUAAUGAGAACAAAGAAGAUGUGAUUAACAUUGUCGAUCAUACAGAUCAUAAAACACAGCUAGCUCGACCUCAUCUAGUGCGUCAAGCUCGUUUAAAUUCAAAACCGAUUAUUGACACAUCAUCUUUUAUGGAUUCAUUUAUUGUUGAAAAACCAAUAAAACAAAAGAAAAAACCAGUUAGAAAUCGUUUGAUUCGUGUUAGAGAUAGUGAUGAUGAAAGCGAAGUUGAUGAUGUCAACAAUAAAGGCAAUCCAUUGAAAGAUAAUGUGAAUGUUGGUGGUGGUGGUGGUGGUGGUCGAGUUAUUGAAACUUGUUUUCGUCGACCUGGUGAACUUGCAUUUAGAAUUGAUUCAAAAAAUAUCAAUCCAUCAUCAACAACUAUUGUCAGAGAUCAUCGGGUAGACGGAAAGACAGGUCGAUCGAAAUCUAAGCUACCAGACGGUCAACCAUCACGAUCCAAGUCAAAGUCUCAGGCGAAACCUCAUACUACUACUACUACUGCUGCUGUUGCUCACACUAAUAAUAAUAAUAUUAAUAGUAAGGAAAACAAAGAAAAGAAUGUUACUGAAUUGAAAACAUUGUCAAAAUUAGUUGGAGGUGAAAAUAAAGUAGCAAAUAUUUUUGACUUGUCAAUGAAUCGAACAGCUGAUCUAUCUGCUCUUCCACCUACUUUGAAUGAUUUACGCAUAAAACACAAAGAACAACUACAACAACAAAGGCAACCAGUGAACUCUAACGUAGAAGCUGAAAAACAAACCGCUAUCAAAACUACAACAACAACGAUAACUACAAGAAAGCGUUCUGUUUUUGGUGAAUUACAACAGAAUGAAAACCUGAAUUCCGCUGUCAAGAGUAUCGUCGACCAAGUAGUGGUAGGUGAACAUCGUCGUCCUUCAGUUGUCCUGACUCGAAUAUCUAAUGAAAAUCAACCUCUGUUAGAUUUACAACUACCUCCUAAUUCAAGAAAUGCUAAACGUCGAUUUCGUCGAUUAUAUUUAUGUGAUCAAGAGAAUGAGGGCAAUAAUAAUAACUGCAAUGAUCAUGAUGAUGAUGAUGAUAAGAUUGGUGCUACUACUGUAAGCAAACGAAUAAAACAUAAACAUCCAACUGCUUUGAUUGAUGAUAAAAUCGAGAAUAAAAAUAAUAAUAAUAAUAAUCUACCAACGACAACUGCUGCUAGUAGUAGUCGAUCACGAAAAAAUGUAUAAAAACAAUGUGCGCAUAAAUUUAUUGUUCAGUUUCUUUAUAUCACAGUGCAAGAAAUAUCUUUCUUCUUUU